UUUUUUUGCGUCAUCAAAGGGCGACUAUGCUCAGUUGUAAAUAUCGGACAGGAUGUCGGAACGGCUUGGAAAAACACUCCAGAGAUUUAAACAAUUUGUAAAAUUCAUACAGAUCCCACGGAGUUGUAUUUUACUUGCCGUUGCUGAUGUUCCACUUAUAUAAAGCAGGCAUUACUCAUAAAGGCUGAACAUAUUAAAUCCUAUAUUUAGGUUUACUAGACAUUUAAGACGCUCGCGACAUUCAGAUGCCUGUUAAACGAGUCUAAUUGAAUGUAGCAUAUAGUUACUAUGCAGGAUUACAGUGUGAUGAGGGAGAUAAUUGUGUAGCUGCAAACACCGAGGUGCUUUUGGGGUCGUUCCUGAGAGAUAAAGAUGGUUCUGUCUUUGGUGAACCUGUGCGCCCGGGAGGUAGUGAGCGACCACAGUUCUUCACCGUAUUGGUUAAGUUGUGUGCCGAGGGAGCUCUACCGAGCGCUGCUGGACGCCGCCUUCUCUCACUGCCGUCCUCUAGCCGUCGGUGAGCUCGUCCAGCGGUGGCCUGAGCGAAAACUGACUAUAGGAGGCAGCAGAAAAUCGGGCCAGUGCCCUCCGAACCGCCUCUGCGUUCAGGCUCUGCUGCUCGCUGUGGUCAGGGGAUUGACGGACAAGAGCCCUAUAUGUGCCUCCCUUACCAGGUGUUGCCUGCAGGUGCUGGAUCUCAGUGGACUUCAGUGUGAGGAUGUGAGAGUUGAAGACUCAAUGGGUGGAUGGUCCCUCACUGUUGCCCUCUGCUCAAUGGUGCUACAAGCUCGAGCUGCUGCCUCCAGGGCUCACAGGAGAGAUGGUGAAAGAGAGCGAAAAAGAGGGCUGGAAGUGGAGCGUGAACGGGGCACAAUCAAACGAGACCGGGGCAGUGUAGGGUGUGGGAAUAGUGGUGAAGGGAGUCAGGGAGGACACCGAGUGGAAGUAGUAGGGAAGAUGGAGUGCAGAACUAAUGAACAAACGUUACCAGAAGUUGAGUCAGUGAAGGGUGUCAGAAGGAGGAUGGAGAUCCAGAGGAGAAAGAUUUCAUCUGAGGUGAAAGCAAACAAUAGCAGUAAUAGCGGUAGUUUAUGUGACCAAGACUGGGAUGAGGUAGUUGUGGUCCAUGUCAGGGCUGACUUAUUUAUCAAUUCCCGUUCCUGGGAGCGCGUUCGUGAUGCCCUUAGUCAACUGGGCCAAUUGCAACUCCACUGCCGCUACCUUCGCGUGGAGGAACUCUCAGCUCCUUCUAUAGCUUCCUUAUUGGGUCUGUUACCUCAGCAGGAUCUCCUCAGUGUGGACAUCCGCUACUCCAGCCUUGGGGUGUCUGGCCUGGCUAUGCUGCUUCCACUGUUAGCUCCCUUCCCACAUCUUCACUCUCUCAGACUGCAUUACUGUAACUUGGAUUUGCAACGCACACAGCCUGGCCAGCAGGGGGGCCUACAGGACAUGUCUAAAGGACUGGGUUCAUUGAAGAGAUUGAAGAGAUUAUGCCUGACUGCACUCCGACUUCCAGGACACUUGCGCUUGCUGCUCAGCUCUCUUUCCCAGCCCUUGGAGGUGCUGGAGCUGCCAUACCUGUGCCUGACCUCCACUGACCUGGCCUACCUCUCUUGCAGUCCUCAUGCUUCAUUCUUGAGAGAACUUGAUCUGAGCGAGAACAGGUUUGAUGAAUCGUCCCUGCCCUCUCUGCGCCGUCUCUUAGGUCAAGCUGAAAGCUCCUUGUCCCAGCUUUCACUUUGUGGUUGUGGCCUCUCAGACUCUCUCCUAGGAGCUCUUCUCCCCUCCCUGUCCUGCUGUCGGGCUUUACGUAGCUUAAGACUAGCCUUAAACCCGCUAUCUAGGACAGGACUUCUGUCCCUGGCCCGUACAGCAGCAGGUAUCCCUUCUCUUCGUCUGCUGCUCUAUCCCAGUCCACUAGAGGAAUAUGAGCCGGGUUUGCCGGCUCUCCCCUCCAGUGCUCAGCUGCUGGACUGGCCUCUACUAGAGGAGCCUGAGGGCAGGGACUUGACGCUGAGGUUGCUGGAUGAGGUUCUGAACUUGAAAGGGCGCUCCCGGGACCUUUUUGUGACCUCUGACCUUCUGAACUAUAGCCCAGACUUGACUGUGGAUGACAUUUGACAAUCAAAACUAUGCUUAAACUAGUACUCUCAGAGUAUGUUUUAACCACUCAUUGGGAAUUUACUUGUGGUUGCCAAGCUUCUUCAUGAAAAGCAAACAUUAGCUUAGACAUGCAGUCUUGUAAAAAUGAACCAUAGCAUUAUAUUGUUUGCAGCAUCACAUAUAAAAGGAUUUUGAUUUGUUUGUUUUGUUAUGCAUUACAUAUGGUUUUACUGCCUUAUAUCAUGUUUAUGGCCUGCACUGAUGGAACAAACUGAGACACCUCUUAAAAGUUUAAAAAAAAAAAAAAAAAAAAACUUGUUGACUUCUUAAUUUUCCCACAGGGCUGUAAGGCUGAUUUUUAUUCACAUUUUCUUUCCGUCAUUCCUAACUAGUUAUAUGGAGAGCCUGGCAAAAAUCUGUUUUAUUUGUUUGAAUAUUGAAAAUGUUCAAGUUUGAUAUUCUCUGUUCUAUCUCUGCUAAUUUAACAUUAAUGUCAAUGUGUUAGUUUACCCUAAAAUGAAAAAGAAAAAAAGAAAAAAAUCCAAACAUGUAUGGUCUUAUGGCUUCAUACAAAACAAAUUUUUAGAUUUUUUUAGAUUUUAGAUUUUUAGAUUAACUAUUCUUUAAUUACUAUGAUGUUCAAUUAAUAUUCAAAGACAAUUACAGGGUUUACGAU